AUGGAGUCGAUCGCCUGUAUGACGACGAUGCUCCUCAUCUUUGGGAUUCUUUCUUCACAUCAGUCCAGUGCACACUCGCCGGGGCAGCCUUCGACCGGAUUUGCUGCCGCCAUCGCCAAGUCGCUGGACUCUCUUCUUCGUGACUACUCCUUCCAUGGAGUCAGCCAUCCUCGCACUGGAGUUACCUACCAAGGUAAGGUCCCUUCCAACAUCUCCGGAGUCAGGACGGCCAUGGUGAGACUCCGCAGUGGGAGCCUCAGAUUCAGAGGCCUUAAAAGAUUCCAUGAAUUUGAUAUCCCCGAUGGAGUCAUUGCCCGGCCGUACGUUCAGAGGCUCGCACUCGUUUACCAGAACCUAGAGAACUGGUCGUCCAUCUACUACCGGCUACCUGGUCACAGAUUCAUAGCUCCAGUUCUCGGCCUGCUGGCCUACGAAGCCGAAGAUCUUCCCCUCACCAACUCCACCGAGCUCCAUAUUCUCGCUACGGAGAAGCCCAUCUCGAUCAAAUUCAGAAAUCUUGCUCAAAAAACAGGCGCCAAGUGCGUCUGGUUUGAUCCGGAGGGGCUUCCCCGGUUGAGUGAUCUGCGGCCGGGCAAUGUCUGUAUAACGCGCCGCCAGGGGCAUUUCUCAGUCGUGGUGAACUCCGGCGGGCUGGUGGUGCCGAACUUAAGGCCCGGCGGCGCCGCCGACGGCUGGUCGAACAUCUGGAGGAUCGCCGGAGCUGUGGCCGGCGGCUUCCUCUUCCUGGUUCUAUCGGUGCUGCUGCUCAUGUGGGUCAAAGUGUACAGGCGAGAGAAGAGGAUGAAGGAGAUGGUGCAUCACGCCGAAUCAGAAGAGGCCCUGCAGAAGCAGCGGAUUGGCGGCGCUCAGCUACCGGUGGCUCCCAUGGUCCGGACCCGGCCUGCCCUCGAGAACGAAGAACCGAUGGCCCCACAUUCUCCGGCCAGUGAAUGA